UGUGAACACACCCCCAGCACGCUGUCUCAGCGGUAGAUUUGGAUUGGUCAAACUGUUUAAUCUACAGGUUCAGGAAAAUGGGAGACGACCUAGGUGACGAGUGGUGGACAAACGAGGCUAAUUCAGAUGCGUCUGAAGUGGAAGAGGAGACGGAACAAGAGAAACGUCCAACAGAGAAACCAAACACACAGACAAAACCAGAGAAGAGGAAGAGGAUAGCAGAAAAAACGGUGAAGGCCAAGAAGAAGAAAAAGAAUGAACAGAAAGAGGUUAUAAUUCCUCAGAAGAAAGAGACAGAGGAUGAAAAGUCAGCUAAACCCAAAAGAAAGAGGAAGAAGAAGAAGACGAUUACAGAUGUUUUGGCCUCCUCAGAGCCAAAACCAGGUUGUCCAACAGACCUACAGAAGCUGGUUGCGCAGUACUUCUCAGACAAGCGUUCUGUUAUCGAGCAGGAGGAGCUCAAAUUGCAUGACUCCUGUUUCCUGUCCAGUAAUGACCUGACACACAGCCUCUCCUCGUACCUGAAACAGAUUUGCCCCAAAUGGUCGAAGAUUCAAAAGCAGCAUGCAGAAAAGAGUUCUGUGGUUAUGCUCAUCGUCUGUAGCUCGGCUCUCCGAACCAUUGAGCUCAUCAAGCAGCUGACAACCUUCAAGGGUGAAGCCAAAGCAAUAAAGCUUUUUGCGAAACACAUCAAGAUCGAGGAGCAGGUGAAGCUGCUGCAGAAAGGCGUCACCCACAUCGGAGUCGGGACACCCAGCAGGAUCAGUGCUCUUAUUGAGAAAGAUGGUUUGAACUUGCAGGCGUUGCGUUACCUGGUUCUGGACUGGAACUGGAGGGACCAGAAGCUCAGGAGGAUGGUGGACAUACCUGAGAUCAAAGUGGACGUUUUUAAGCUGCUGGAGAGCGGUAUCCUCAAUGGCUGUAAAGAAGACAAAGUCAAAAUUGGACUAUUUUAACUGCACAUUGUAAACUUCACCAUGUGCUGAUAAUGUGCACCACAACUUCAUGUUCAAAGUGUCUUACUGAUGUUCCUCCACAACAGGCCAAGGGGCCUCUUCCUGUUUGUUUUCCCUUUUGUGUCAGUGUGAAACCUGCACUGUGCUUUUACUAUUUUCAGAGGCCGUGUCAAAUGGGUGAUGUUGUUUGUUCGCUCUUGUAGUCCAACACGAUGUCCCAGUGUGAUGGAUUGAAUAAACGGACUCUGAAUGAAA